UCUCUCAUAACCUUUACUUGCCACUGCCACUUCCACCAUCUGUUUCCUUCUUUCCCAAUCUUCAGAAAAAUUAAAAAAUCGUUCUUUCUGCUUCUUCUGAUUACCCUUUUUGAGUCUCCAUCAUGGACAUUUCACACCGAAAGAGAACUUUGCUUAAGGUUAUCGUCCUUGGUGAUAGUGGGGUGGGAAAGACGUCUUUGAUGAACCAAUACGUUUAUAGAAAAUUCAGCCAGCAGUAUAAAGCCACGAUCGGGGCUGAUUUUGUUACAAAGGAGAUACAAGUUGAUGACAAACUCGUCACCUUGCAGAUAUGGGAUACCGCAGGGCAAGAAAGAUUCCAUAGUCUUGGAGCUGCAUUUUACAGAGGGGCAGAUUGCUGUGUGUUGGUUUAUGAUGUAAAUAUACACAAAACAUUUGAUACACUAAACAAUUGGCAUGAUGAGUUUCUUAAGCAGGUGUUCUUCAUUUUGGUGUUUGAACAGGGAGAUAUGAACGAUCCUGAAGCAUUUCCCUUUGUAUUACUUGGGAACAAAGUGGAUGUAGAUGGUGGAAAUAGUAGAAGGGUUACUGAGAAAAAAGCAAGAGAAUGGUGUGCUUCUCGAGGAAACAUACCAUACUUUGAGACCUCUGCAAAAGAAGGCUACAAUGUUGAGGAGGCUUUUCUACGUGUUGCUAAAAUUGCACUAGAAAAUGAACAUGAACAGGACAUUUAUUUUCGGGGAAUCUCUGAAACAGUUUCAGAAGCAGAACAAAGAAGUAGUUGUGCGUGCUGAAGUCAGAUAUAUGAUUGCUAAACAUAUUUAAUUUUGUACUCUUAUAGUUUAUUAAGAUGUAUUCAUUUUUUAAUCCCAAAAUUGGUACAUGUCUUAUAGGUUCCA